CCAGUCUACUGCUUUGUUCAUCUGAGCAUUCAGGAGUUUCUGGCUGCAGUCUACAUGUUCCACUGUCACACCAACAGGAAGACAGAGGUGCUCAUGAUGUUCCUGGGGAUAGACAGGAAUGAGUCAUCUCUGAAUUUUUUUCUGGAGAUUGUGAUGAUGACGUCCCUCCAGAGUAAAAAUGGCCACCUGGACCUGUUUGUUCGCUUCCUUCAUGGCCUCUGUCUGGAGUCCAACCAGAGACUCUUAGGAGGUCUGCUGGGUCAGACAAAGAUCAUUCCAGAAACCAUCCAGAGAGUCAUCAACAACCUGAAGAAGAUGAACAGGGAUGAAAUCUCUCCUGACAGAAGCAUCAACAUCUUCCACUGUCUGAUGGAGAUGAACGACCUCUCAGUACAUCAGGAGAUCCAAGAGUUCCUGAAGUCAGAGAACAGAUCAGAGAAGAAACUCUCUGAGAUCCAGUGCUCAGCUCUGGCCUUCAUGCUGCAGAUGUCAGAGGAGGUUCUGGAUGAGUUGGACCUGCAGAAGUACAACACAUCAGAGCGGGGACGACAGAGACUGAUUCCAGCUGUGAGAAACUGCAGAAAGGCUCGACUGAUUCAGUGUGGACUCUCAGAGACUCACUGUGAAGUUGUGGCCUCAGCUCUGAAGUCCAACCCCUCCCAUCUGACUGAGCUCGACAUGAGUUGGAACAACAUGCAGGAUUCAGCAGUGAAGCUUCUGUGUGCUGGACUGGAGAGUCCAAACUGUCGACUGGAGGCUCUGAGAUUGAAGAACUGUGGUUUCUCAGAGAUCAGCUGUGAUUAUCUGGCAGCAGCACUGAACUCCAACCCCUUGUUUCCCAAAGUACUGGACCUGAGUGGCAACUACAACAACCUGCUGGAUUCAGGAGUGAAGCAGCUGUGUGUUCUUCUGGAGAAUCCACGAUGUCGAUUUGAAACUCUGAGACUAAUUCAGUGUGGACUCUCAGAGACUCAUUGUGAAGUUGUGGCCUCAGCUCUGAAGUCCAACCCCUCCCAUCUGACUGAGCUUGACAUGAGUUGGAACAACCUGCAGGAUUCAGCAGUGAAGCUUCUGUGUGCUGGACUGGAGAGUCCAAACUGUCGACUGGAGACUCUGAGAUUGAAGGACUGUGGUUUGUCAGAGAUCAGCUGCUAUUAUCUGGCAGUAGCGCUGAAGUCCAACCCCUCCCAUCUGAGACAGCUGGACCUGAGUAAUGACUCCUUUUCGUCGACAAAGAACAAGCUGCAGGAUUCAGGAGUGAAGCAGCUGUGUGGUUUUUUGGAGAGUCCAGGAUGUGGACUUGAAACUCUGAGAUUGAUGGACUGUGGUUUGUCAGGGAUCAGCUGUGAUUAUCUGGCAGCAGCGGUGAAGUCCAACCCCUCCCAUUUGAGAGAGCUGGACCUGAGAGGAAACAACCUGAAGGAUUCAGGAGUGAAACAGCUGUGUGGUUUUGUAAAGAGUCAGGGAUGUGAACUUGAAACUAUGAGAUUGAUGGACUGUGGUUUGACAAGGAUCAGCUGUGAUUAUCUGGCAGCAGCGGUGAAGUCCAACCCCUCCCAUCUGAGAGUGCUGGACCUGAUGCUGAACAACCUGAAGGAUCUAGAUGUGAAGCAGCUGUCUGAUCUUAAGGAGAGUCCAGACUACAGACUGGAGUCUCUAGUGUGGAGCUGAUGAUGGGAAACAGGACAGUGUGUGUGCUGAGAGAGGAGGAGCUUUGUCCUGAUCAUCCAGAGGUUGAAGUAGCAGCAGCUUGUGUGUAGAGACACUCUGACUGGGCCAUGUUACUGGGAGGUGGAGUGGAGAGGAGAGCU